AUGGCACCCGAUGGCUACGAACAGCAAGUACUGGUCUUUAAUGGCAGUAUGCCUGGGCCGACCAUUUUUGCGGACUGGGGCGAUGAAGUCAUCAUACACGUGACCAACGCGAUGCAGGACAACGGCACUGCCAUUCAUUGGCAUGGCUUGAGACAGCUAAAGAACAACGAAUUUGAUGGUGUACCUGGAGUGACACAGUGUCCAAUUUCGCCCGGUCAAACGUACACCUACAAGUGGCGAGCAACUCAAUACGGCUCGUCAUGGUAUCAUUCGCAUUUCAGCUUCCAGUAUUCGGCCGGCCUGUUCGGGGCCAUCAUCAUCAACGGUCCCGCCACAGCCAACUAUGACGAGGACCUUGGUGCGUUGAUGCUCAUGGAUUGGACGCACAUCUCGUCAUUCAACGAAUGGUGGUGGGAUCGCCCGAAGACCGGCCCUCCGUCACAGGCCAACUCGCUCAUCAAUGGCACCAACGUGUUCGAUUGCCGCCAGGACAACACCAAACAGUGCCAAAACAAAACCGAGGUCGGCCAACGAUUCGAGAUGAAUUUCGAAUCUGGCAAGAAAUACCGCCUUCGACUCGUCAACACGGGUUUGUACUCGCAUUUCCGGUUCGCAAUUGACGGACAUAAUCUAACCGUGAUCGCCAAUGACCUGGUCCCCAUUCAGCCGUACACGACAGACAGCCUGAUCAUCUCAAUGGGACAGCGUUAUGACGUUAUUAUCGAGGCUAAUGCGUCUCCUGGUGACUAUUGGCUUCGCCCAAUUUGGCAACGCACAUGUUGCGACAAUGAUGCUUGGAACAACACACUAGGCAUCGUACGUUACAACGCCAAUUCCACGGCUGUCCCAACAACCACAAAUCCCGCGACGGAGUACAAGUCUCAGUGCGAAGACGAGCCGUUUGAGAAACUUGUGCCACACGUAGCUCUGGAUGUGCCGGCUCCUGAAUCGGUCUCAUUGCUGAAUCUGAAUUACAGCUUCGUCCCUAUGCCGGCUGGUUUUCUCUUCACCUUGAAUCAGUCAUAUAUCUGGGUCAACUUCUCCGCACCCACCGACCUGAUGAUUGCGGACCAGAACACGAGUUGGCCCAACACAGGCUAUACCCCCGAGAAGGGAUUCACCAACUACGAUGCCAUCCCUCUCGCGACCGCUGACCAAUGGGUGUACUUCGGAAUUCAGGACAUCUCCCAUAGAAACAGAUCUCACCCAAUGCAUCUGCACGGACAUGACUACUACGUUGUAGCGCAAGGCUUCGGACCUCUUAACGACACCGUAAACUUAACAUUAACAAACCCGCCGCGUAGGGAUGUUGCAACCGUACCACUGAACGGGUACAUGGUCAUGGCUUUCAAGACCGACAACCCGGGCGCCUGGCUGAUGCACUGCCAUAUAGCCGCACACUCAAGCGAAGGGCUGGGCUUACAGUUUGUCGAGCGCCAGGAUGAGAUAAUGGCCACGUUCACAGAUCCUUUCGCUCUGAGGAAUACUUGUGAUACCUGGAAGACUUAUUGGAAUCAUGAUGAAGUGUAUAUGCAGGAGGAUGCAGGCAUCUAA